AUGAAGUUCGGAUUAAGUCCCGCUUCGGCUGGUCUUGUAGGAGGCAUGAGCGGCGGUAUCGUCCAGGCUUAUGCCACAAUGGGUUUCUGUACCUGUAUGAAGACUGCGGAGAUCACCCGCCACAAACAGGCCGCUGCAGGGAUAAAACCCCCAUCAACAUGGGUUGUCUUCGCUGACAUCUAUAGGCGAGAGGGUAUUGCUGGGAUUAAUAAGGGAGUGAACGCUGUUGCAUUGCGACAAAUGACGAACUGGGGAUCCCGUAUCGGUUUUGCUCGUCUAGCUGAAACAUCCAUUCGCAAAAUUAGAGGAAAAGGCGAAAACGACAAGCUAGGUGCUGCUGACAAAAUUUUGGCAUCUACGAUUGGUGGUGCACUUGGCACAUGGAACCAACCAAUCGAGGUUAUGCAAUCAAUGUCUAAGGAUGCAGUGGCUUCUGCCAACCGCCCAGCUAAACUGACAGUUUUCAACACUUUGGCCUUUAUCUAUAAAGAGAAUGGGAUCAAGGGGUUGUAUCGUGGCGUUACCCCGCGCAUCGGGCUAGGCAUUUGGCAAACGGUUUGCAUGGUAUCGUUUGCUGAUUAUGUUAAGGCAUGGGUUAAGAGCCGAUAG